AUGCACGUAGGUUAGGGGACAAAAAGAAAUCAUGCACGUAAAUAUGGAGAAAACUCCGAAUUUUGCUCAUAGAGAGGAGGCAAGAUUCAGGUAGACAGCAUGACAACCACUAUUUCCCUCUCAUCUCCUUCAAUACUUUCUCUCUCAUUCAUUUUUGGUUUCUCUGGAAGAGGUUCCCAUCCCUUCUCCCCUGCUCAGGCCACUCGGGGUUCAAUUUUUGUUUGGUUAAUUCAUCGUCGUUUUCCCAUGAAAACUACUCGUGAACCAUGUGCUGCCCCAUGUGAGAAUCCCUCCAAUGGAAUCACGGAAAAGGGGCUCUCGAAGGUGGGGCAAAAUAAGCUACUUUUUUGUGCUUCCAUUUCUAUCUCCGCUGAAGAAUUGCGGUGUCUCACUGUGGGUGAAGGAAAAAUAGAAAAGGAUUCAACUGAAGAACCUCUGGACAAGGUUCAAUCACGAGAUGACGUAGCUGAGGAGUCUAUCAGAGAUGCUUCCGAAGAUGAUGCAGAGUCUACAACUUCAAAGUCCAGCAACACUUCAGAUUCAGAUGGAAAAUUUCAAUCCCAGUGGAAAGGAUUCAUUAAAAGACUAAAGAUAAGUUCAGUCAUGCAUUUGCAUACUUUCCAUCCUAGCAUACCUUCGCUGCCUUCUAUUAAGAUGCUACCGAAAUGGAAAAGUAAGAGUACAGAACAGAGCAUUCCAAUGGCGUCUUCUCCUAAUCUAGAUACUGAUUUACGUCACUGUUUUCAAGCGCACUGGAAGAAUUUCCCACUUUCUGAUCUUCAGAAAGCUACCGGCAACUUUAGCCAUGAAAACCUGAUCGGUGAGGGAGGUUCAUCUGAAGUAUAUAAGGGACAUCUUAAAGAUGGCCAACUGGUGGCAAUUAAAAGGCUGAUCAGGGGAACUCAAGAGGAGAUGGCAGCAGACUACUUAUCUGAGCUCGGAAUUCUGGUACAUGUCAACCAUCCCAACAUUUCUGGUGUUAUUGGAUAUGGAGUUGAAGGAGGGAUGCACCUUGUCCUUCCUCUGUCUCCACAUGGGAGCUUAGCAAAUCUGCUUAAUGGUGAAAAGGGUAAGUUGUCUUGGUGUUAUAGGUAUAAUAUCUCUCUUGGCACUGCUGCUGGCCUUGGAUAUCUCCAUGAGGGUUGCCGGAGGAGAAUCAUCCAUAGAGAUAUCAAGACAGCUAAUAUUUUGCUGACGGAAGAUUUUGAAGCUCAGAUAUCUGAUUUUGGACUUGCAAAAUGGCUUCCUGACCAAUGGACUCACCUCACUGUAUCUCAGUUUGAAGGAACAUUUGGAUACCUCCCUCCUGAAUUCUUCAUGCAUGGUGUUGUGGAUGAAAAAACAGACGUCUACGCCUUUGGCGUUUUGUUGUUAGAACUCAUUUCUGGACGUCCAGCUUUGGAUGAAUCUCGUAAUAGUGUUGUGAUGUGGGCCAAACCAAUGCUGCUUAGUAAGAAUCACAGUGGGUUAGUUGAUCCAUCACUUGGGGAUGCCUAUGACUCAGAACAGAUGAAUCGGAUGGUUAUGGUGGCCUCUUUAUGCAUACAGCAAGCUUCAACAGAUCGGCCUCAAAUGAGCCAGGUUCACGAGAUGCUAAAAGGUACCAGAAGCAUUCUUGAGAGAAAGAAAACAUUCCAACAUACAAAUCGUCAAGACGAUAUAUACCAAAAAGUGAAUUUACUGCUUGACAUGCCCUCACCAAAGUGUAAAGAUGAUCCAAAUUACCAGCAAAGUCAGGCAGAGUUGGAGAAAUAUAAUGUUAAUCCCUUGUUACAGUGAAGAUCUCUCAUGUGAUCGAUCUGAACACUCUGGACAAACAUCUCACCACCAUGGAGCUGUCGGAAUUCACAACACAGAUGUCAGGUUAUUCGUGUUCUAUUCUACCAUAACUGAUUG